AGUGAACCAAAUGUGUGAUGAGGUCAGAUAGACACUGCAUGACUUGUGGCUGACGAAAGACGAGAUACAAAGAGAGACGCUCUGACGCUAGAAGCCUAAUAUGUGCGAAGCAGUCAAACCAAGCGGUGAUUAAAGAAAAGCAGAUGAACAAGAUGAUUGAAAUACAAUUUUUUCAACAGGAAAUGGUCAUGAUGCCAGAAGAACGGCCUCAAUCCGAUGAAUCAAUUCCAGUGGUCUGCAACAAGAACCGCAAGCUUAUAUUGGCUCUCUUUGUCUUUUCUCUCUUCGUAAUUACAUUAGGGUUGGCAUUCUACGCUCACCAACAGAAGAUGGGAGAUCCCUGGAGUUCACUUUUGAAAUCGGCUGCUCCACCUUGUCUUUCUCCUGCCUGUCUGAAAGCAUCUGAACAUUUUUCUGUUACCAUGGAUCCCUUUUCUCGCCCCUGUGAUUACUUUCUUUCGGGCUGCGGAUCUUCAUCCCACAGAGGGAGGCAGAGAGGUAAGGGGAUUGAGAUUGAUGACAAUGGAGGACAAGACAAGAAAAGAGAUUUGGGUGAAGAACGAGUGAAGAUGAGAGGAAAGACAGAUGUUGAAGAAAAACAUGAUGGACUGCUGGACAAGUUUCCAGACAGACAAACAGCUUUGCUCAAAGCCAUCAAAGAAAUACUAGAGUCUCCUGAUGAGGGUGUUGCCACGAGUACAGCGGUACAGAAGGCAAAGAAAUUCUUCAAGGCCUGUAUGGAAUCACAAUCUGCAGAGAAAAUGGGUUCAGAGCCGUUCCUCACUCUACUCAAGCAGAUGGGUGGCUGGGCAGUAUCAGGUGAAAGGAUAAAGAGAGAUUUUAACAGCACUCUGGCCCUGCUCAUGAGCCAGUACUCCACAUUUCCUUUCUUCAGCGUGUAUGUGGGGCCAAACGCUGGUGACGGUCAAACUAAUUCCAAUCAACCUUACAUACAGAUUGAUGAGCCACAUUUUCAAUUCCCUAUUGACUGGAAUAGUAAGACAAACAAAUCCAAAGCCAGUUCUCAGUAUUUGCGGCCAUUCUUUUCAUCCUGCAGUCAGUAUUUGGUUCUUUUGGGCGUUCCUUCCACUAGAACCACACAGCAUUGUGGUCUUUUCAUGGCUCUAUCAACAACUCUCGCUGUGGCCACGUCUCCUCUUCCUUACCGCCUCAGUCAGCGGUUACUCUAUCACACAAUUACUAUUCAAGAACUACAGAUCCUGGCUCCAGCCAUUGAUUGGCUAGCUUGCCUAAAAGCCUCAUUUCAGCCUCUUCCUAUCAGCCAAUCAGAUGUUGUUUUAGUACACAAUCUCCCGUACCUUAUCAACAUGUCACAGACAAUAAGCCAAUGGAAAAGUCAGCAUGAUAUUAUGGGAACGUAAUGAUCUCUUCAUACAUACAUGAUGUUUAGCCUUUUGCAAACACUCAUACCUGCGCUGGACUCAAAAUUUAGGCAAACAAUGAAAAACUUUUCCAUUGCAACUGGAGAUGCACAGGAGGAUGUACCACGCUGGUGGAAGUGUGUCCGGCAGACAGAGCAAGGAUUUGAAACACUACUGAGUCAUCUGAUCAGAGAAAGACAUGCACAGAAAGAGGCUGAAGAAUUGAUACAGAAUAUUUACUCAUCCCUCAAGAUGAAACUGGCAGAUCUGACCUGGAGGGACGAGAAAUCGGCUGGUUUAAUUUUUGAUAAGAUACAAUCUCUAACUCCAAGACUCUCCACAGAAACAAAUCCCCCAAAUCAUGCAGAACUUAACCAACUCUAUGCCGAGGUGCUUGUGAGUGAGGAGGAUUAUUUCUCCAACUACCUUCAGGUCCUGUUGCUGAAACAGAAGAGCAGAAGCAGGCUACUCUCACAUGCCACACGAGCUGAAGGUUUGUCUAUCACUCCACACCUCUCUGGCAAUGACAUCAUCGUCCCCGUUGGAAUGUUUGUGUCACCUUUCUUCCAUUUCUCACAUCCCAGGGCAUUGAAUUAUGGGACAUUGGGAUUUCUGGUGGCUAAAGAUUUUUUCCACCUUCUGUUACCUGAUAUUCACACACAGGCUAAGAAUCCUGAGUUGGAGAGCGCUUGUGUGUGGUCUUAUUAUCUGAGUGUGACCGAGGGUCCCGGUCGGGUUGAUGCUUUCUCUCUUUCCCUCUCUAAACAACAGGAGGUGUGGGUACAAUACUCCGCUCUGGAAGUGGCACUUAAUGCUUAUAAAAUGAGUUUCACAAGGGGUCCAGCAGAUUCAUCUCUGUCUGGCCUCUCAUACAUUCACCUGUUCCUCUCAUCCUUUACAAAGGUAAGCUGUGAUGCAGACUCCUACCGUGAGUUCAUGCCCUUUGAACCUUCUUUCCUGGUGUCAGUCCUGUGUUCAAACUCACAAUUCUGCCCAAAACCGCUGACCUGCCUCAAUAAAUAUCAGAGUGAUCCUCCUGAGAUGUGUCUGAGUCGAACAACACACUGAAUCUAGCAGGAACACAUUGCUUGUGAGUCGAAAUCGACAAGCUGGACAAUUGAACCAUUGGAGCUGCUCACUGUUUCCUGAAUGAAGUUGAAGAGACUAGAAAAGGAUAAAGUUAUUCCAGAUUAAAAAGCUUUUGCAAGGAAUUUUUAAACCACUUUGUUAAUGUAAUAAAUUGUGCAUGUGAUAAAACUGUUAAAA